UACUUUCUGCGCUACCCCAACCCGCUCGCGUCGCACGUCAUCUCUGUCGAUGUGCUCUCGCGCGACAUUGUGCGGAGGCCGGAUACACGGGGAGCAGGGGCAGGGGAGGAGCAGUGGCGACACGUUCUCAAGACGACGCGACUGAUUCUGAAGAGGGGCACGCUGCCGAGCUGGGCGCCGCGGGGCAUCAUCAAGAAUGCAGAGAGCUGGGUGCUGGAAGAGACCGAGGUGGACCUGGACCCGCCAGGCCCAUCGCCAACAGAGGCAGGGGGCAAGGGCAAAGGACGGGAGUUCAGCGUCUGGACGAGGAACCUGGACCACACGCACGUCAUGGCUGUCACGGAGCGCACCACGUACCGGGAGCAA